CAUGACAUUUAACAUUAACAUAAGCUUCCUCUCUCUUCUUCUUCUUCAUAUUCAUUUCAUAACGCCUUUUUCAUUAUAAACUUGACAUCUUUCUCUUGAGCUCACUUGAAUUAGCAUUUUCCUCAAAAAAUAAAUUAGAAUAAAAUAAAAAGAUAACUCUUGAGAAUGCUAAGUGGUUUAAACGACAACAAUCUUCAUCAUCAUAGCUUGUAAAGUCUCAAACGAUUUUGGAGCAGCUACUAAUGAAGGAGUUUUCUGUGAAUUUGAUUUCCUGAUUCAGUAAUUAGGAUAAACUUUCUUUGGUUUUCAUUUGGACCAAAAUGUCAGGAUUUGAAGGGCAAUGUAGUAAUGAUGAAAUUAGGGAGAGGAGACUGGAUGUUGAGUAUUCGGAAGAUGAUAGGCGGCAAUAUUCUAAAAUCGGAACACUUAGGAAGAAGGCAAUGAAUGCUUCUUCUAAAUUCACUCACUCACUUAAGAAAAGAGGAAAAAGAAAAAUUGACUAUAGGGUUCCAUCAGUGGCUAUUGAGGAUGUUAGAGAUGCACGUGAGGAGACCGCAGUCCUUGAAUUGCGCCAAAGACUUGUCGAAAGGGGAUCUUUGCCUUCUAGGCAUGAUGAUUAUCAUACAUUGCUGAGGUUUCUUAAAGCUAGAGAUUUUAAUAUUGAGAAAACAAUUGAGAUGUGGGAAGAAAUGCUUACGUGGCGAAAGGAGUAUGGAACUGAUACCAUUCUUGAGGAUUUUGAAUUUGAAGAGCUGGAAGAAGUAUUGCAGUAUUAUCCUCAAGGUUACCAUGGAGUUGAUAAGGAAGGUAGGCCGGUUUACAUUGAGAGGCUUGGGAAAGCUCAUCCAAGUCGCUUGAUGCACAUCACCACAAUAGAUCGAUAUUUGAAAUACCAUGUGCAAGAGUUUGAGAGAGCGCUGCAAGAAAAAUUUCCAGCAUGUUCCAUUGCAGCAAAGAGACAGAUUUUUUCGACAACAACAAUACUGGAUGUACAGGGCUUGGGAAUGAAAAAUUUCUCACGUACUGCAGCAAAUCUCUUGGCUUCCAUGGCUAAAAUAGAUAGCUGUUACUAUCCUGAGACAUUACAUCAAAUGUACAUUGUCAAUGCUGGUACUGGCUUUAGGAAGAUGCUUUGGCCUGCUGCACAGAAGUUCAUAGAUCCCCAAACUAUUGCAAAGAUACAGAUUGUUGACUCGAAAUCUCUAUAUAAAUUACAGGAAGUAAUUGACUCUAGCCAGUUGCCCGAUUUUCUUGGUGGUUCAUGUAAAUGUCCUAGUGAAGGUGGAUGUCUUAGGUCUAACAAGGGUCCAUGGAAUGAUCCUGAUAUCAUGAAGCUAUCAGGUAAUGCGGAGGCAACUUUUGUGAGGCAAAUCACCAGGGCGUCCAAUGAACAGAACAAUUUUGACUCCUUUCAGUUACACUCACUGAAGGGGCGAUGCAGUGACUCUUCAGCAGAAUCAGGGUCUGAUUUUAAUGAUUACUCAUCUCCUACCAGACAAAGGAGAUGUAGUUAUCCUCGUUUAGCGCCAGUUUGUGAAGAAGUCAGGGUACCAGAUGUGAAUGGCUACUACAGCUGUGAUGAUAGUGCUCUAUCAGCUCAGAAUGUAAUUGAAAAUGAUCAACAUCGCCUUACUCGAGAGCAGUCAUUGCAAACUAAUGAUAUGGAGAAUAUUGCUUGUAGGACAAAUUCAGAAGGUACUGUGGUCAGCAAUUUGCUUAGCAUUAUUAAGGAAAAAAUAGAGAAAAUGAAUUUUUUAUAUGUACCACAAGUGCUGACAUCCUUUAUGGAAAGACUCGCUGCGUUCAUCUGCAGUCUAAGAUUUGAAUUUUGGAGAACACGGAACAUUGUUCACCCAUCAAAUUCCACAGAACGCGUCAUUAUUAACCAUUCCGCAGCUAUUGAAUCAACUUCUGAAAGAGAUUAUAUUCUUCCUUGUGAACAACGUCUUCAGAGGCUAGAAAAGGUUUUUAAUGAACUCAACAACAAACCCGAUGGCAUGCCUUUGGAGAAGGAGCAAAUGCUUAUGGAAUCCUUGGAUAGAAUAAAGUCCGUUGAGUUUGACCUUGAGAAGACAAAGAGGGUGCUGCACGCUGCAGUGAUGAAGCAGCUUGAAAUUAAUGAUUUACUGGAGAACAUGCAGCAGCCGAAGUGUCGACAAAGAAGGCUAUUCUGUUGAAUCAUCAUUUUUAGUUAAAGAAGUCCUUUAAAUGUCGGAUAUCAGGCAACACAGUCGAACGUUGAUCGGACCCAAUGAAGCCCUAGGCGAGGCAUUCAAGUCUAAUGGGUUGCUAACUAGAGCAUACAUACUUACUAGAGUGACAUGAGAAUUUGGUAUAGUACACAGUUCAGUUCACUUUGUUUUUUUAUAUAUAUUAUACUAAUAAAACAAUAAAACUAUAUAUAAUGACUUGACCAAAAAAAAUAUAUAUGUAGAUUUCUUAUACGCUUUUUUUGUCGUCUGUUUUCACAAUAAACAAGUGACAAAAUUUGUACUGUAAUAUGUUAUAUUCAGUAGUAUACAGUGUAUAGAAUAGAGAUAUAAUAGAAAAGUUUCAGUGCUGAAAAUUUAGAGAAA